AUGGAUGGUAUCCGGUCAACAGAUCCCUUUUUCUGGGAUGUGGAUGUUGUGGCAGCCGAGCUGUGUUCGCUUCAGCGACCCUGCACGCGAGAUCCCGAGCGUUUGAGCGCAAAGCUUCAGGAAAAUGAGAUUGAUGGCCACACUCUUCUCACAUAUGAACUUGUCGGCAUGGCAAACUCUCACGAUUUGCGCAACGAACUCUUCCAGGUCUUGAACAUCCAGCUGGCUAGACACAAAAAUGCCCUUGGUGAAGCCAUCAUGAAGUUACGGGCCAGGAGCCCAGCUUUUCGCCGGUGGAAGUUGGAAAACUUGGCGGCAGGGCCAAUGGACGACGUUGAUGUGCACAGCCGGGGUCGGGAGAGCACAUAUUCGGCUCGAAUGACGCCACAGUCGGAGCCCCUUCACGUUUCGCGAAACGUCGUGGACAUGAAUGAGGUCAACUCUUGCUUACCGUCCACAACACCGCAAGGCCAGGACGCAAACCGGGCGCCUGCCUCACCACUGCCGUCUUCUGGCCAGCUCAGCAUGGAUGUCGAGAAACCAAAUGAGACUCGUAACGUUCCUCAGUCUUCGAUGGCGGAUCGUCAUGCAACGAAAAUCGAUGGAGAUUCGGCAACCGCCCCCAUCGGCAGCAAGUCUUCUACGAACGGCUUGAAGAGGAAACGAGUUGCGCCCGUGCUGAUACAAGACAAACCCGUCAACACGAUUCACAUGCCAAUUGCCACUGAAGCUGAUGCUCUCUCCUACGCUCCGUUCGUUGCGAAACCGGAAAGGCAAGGCAGCACUUUUCCGUGGGACAAUAAUGCUUUUUUCAAAUACUUGGGAGCCGGCGCCCUCCGUGUCAAGGACGUACAGUCGCCUGUAACAUCCUUGACUUGUCAAAUCCGUGGCAUUGGGGACGCUAUCAGCACUCCGGUGCCCACACGAUUUCCUCCGGGUAGACGGCUCGUCGUCAACAAGAUCAUGAGACGAGUCAUGAACAGAACCAGUCAGACAAUAAAUGCUAUAGACCAAGGAUUUCACCCUGUCAAUUCCCGCGAAAGUUCUGGUGAAUCAGACACGAUCCUAGAACUUGACGAUUUGGCGGAGGAGUUGGACGAGGAGACGAUGAGAGAGAUCGAGGCUGACGAGGCUGAAUCCAGUAAGCGUAUCGGAGGGCAAAGUGCCAAGUUCAUCACCUCGUCCCAGGUUCAGAAGCUUCUGGAUGAAGAAGUGUCGGACAUGGCCCAGAGCUGGAGGACAAGGAAACUGCCCAAAUAUCAAAACAGAGCAUUCUCGCUCUGGACGGAUGCAUCCAAACGCGGUCUCAAACGAAAGCGCAUCCUUGAUGCGCGAACCAGCGCCAAGUGGUAUGGCGAACGGAUCAAGAAGCUCGAAACGGAGAUUCUGCACCAGAUCUGGGAAAGAGAAAGAGAUGUUCGACUGCAAGCGAGAUGUCUGGAACAAAGUAUUGAAGACAGAUUGUACCAGUCUUGGCUAGCAGAUCUGCUUGAGUCUAGUUCUGACGAGGAGAAUUUUGUUGUGGUUGAUGAUGAGCCUCCUCCUCGGCCUGCGCAGGUGAAGACGCCUCGACUUAUUCCAACUCCUCUCAAUCUCGAAAGAACGCCCACCUCUUUUCUUCGGGCAGGGUCACCAGUGUUUAUUGACCUCACACAGACCGGAUCAAGUGGUAAUUGUUCCCCAGUUGAACGUGGCCUGGAAAUCGAGGACCGGGGGGGUGUUCCUGAGGACGUUCCUACACCGGCCAAGAUACCGUCAAAUCAGGCUGGCCCGAGAAAAGAAGAUGAAAGAAAAGACACACCACAGCUUCAGCCUCCCGCACUCUUGGAGUCAUCAUCUUGGCCCAACAAAUACCAGGACAUUGAGAAGAUUGUUAGCAACCCUCCUGCUUACUGGUCAAGGCAGAAAGACAGAUUUGCCUUGGUUAUUUCCCUUUUAUGGAGACUUGGGCAUUUGCGGCGAUCCGCUGUAAUUAAGCACAUAAAGCUUCUGUCGGCAGAUGAAGCAUUUGAGUCUUCAAUCUUGCGACACAUAACCAAUCCGAUCAAGGAUCUUACGUUGCUGUCAGAGGCGAAUGAAGAGACUCCAGCCUUUGAUCUCUCCAGACUGUUCCUGUGCUUUCUUAAGGUUAAAAAUCUCAAGGAGUCGAGACUGGCGGAUCUCAAGCAAAACCAAGUCAGGAAGUUGAGAGCACAGCAAGGCAAGAAUUCUUGGACGGUUUUCUACACCUUCAUUUCACGAAUAGCUCCGCUAUUUCCCCAAGACAAUCAGAUAUACAGAGACGGCGGUCUUGAUGAGGACCUUGUGGAUGCAGACCAGGUGGAAGAUGAUGAGCUGCUGGAUGAACGAGAAGCUAGUGAUAAGGCCCCACGAAAGUCCGCAGUGAAGGAAAUAGUAUGUAACAAGGAAGCCGUCGAUCUUCGUGAGCGUGAACGGCGUCGAGCGGAGGACCAGGAGGCUCGAAGACUUCGCCUACGUGCCAAGCUAGGAGCGGCAGAAAUGAUGCCCUCUGACAUUUCCCGGCUCAUCAUAAAUGAGACUAAGCAAGACGAUCAGCCUCUGAUCUACAUCAACCAAGAAAUUGGCAGCAGGAUCAAGGACCAUCAACUCGAGGGCGUCCGCUUCAUGUGGAAUCAACUGAUCCAGGAACCUUCCGUCCGCCAAGGAUGUCUCUUGUCACACAGCAUGGGCCUCGGCAAGACAAUGCAAGUAAUCACCUUGCUUGUAACUAUCCGGGAAGCAAGUGAAUCCCCCGAUCAGGGGAUAAUGUCUCAAAUUCCUCAGGACCUUCGCCGGUCGAAAACCCUGGUGCUAUGUCCUUCUUCGCUGGUGAACAAUUGGACCGACGAACUUCUGAUUUGGGACAAGGACCAAGUUCUCGGAAAGCUCCACGUGAUUGACGCGACUCUCCCGGACGAUGAACGGACCAGGAUUAUAGAAAACUGGGCUCAAGUGGGAGGCAUCAUGGUGCUCGGCUACUCGAUGUUGAGGCAACUUUACGAGUCGAAAAAGGUCCAGCAGAAGGGCUUCUUCGAUCAGCCGAAUAUAGUUGUUGCCGACGAGGCGCACAGCCUGAAGAAUCCUGCAUCCAAGUUACACACCCUUUGUGCUCGUUUCCAUACCAAGAGUCGGAUUGCUAUGACUGGCUCUCCUUUGGCCAACAACAUCGAAGAGUACUACUUCAUGAUCAACUGGGUGGCACCAAACUUUCUGGGCCCUCUAUCCGAAUUCCGCGAAAUAUAUGCCAAACCAAUACAACAGGGUGUCAGCAACGAUAGCCUUGCCCACCAGAAACGGAGAGCGUUGAAAAUGCUUCAAGUUCUGAAGCAGACGGUUGCACCCAAAGUACACCGGGCCACAAUCAAAACCUGCAUGGACAAAGACUUGCCGCCGAAACAGGAGUUCGUUUUGUGCAUCAAGCCUACAUCCCUGCAGAGAGAGUUGUAUAACCUUUACAUACGAUCCAAACGCGGAGACACUGUUGGAUACUCGGAAGAUGAUGCAUCCGGGCCGGGACUGAUUUUUGAGAUCAUGACGGACCUCAGUUUGCUUUGCAGUCACCCGUCUGAAUUCCAGGCCAAGGCGACUGAGGCGGGUGAUGCUUCCGCAAGACAAGAGAGGCGACCGUCCAUCCCCCUGGGCAUCAUACCCAAAGUAAUGGCAUUGUUUCCCUCGGAUCCGAAACACCCAUCCUUAUCCACAAAGGUAGAGAUCCUCAUACGAAUACUUGACAAUGCGCGACUCAAGGGCGACAAGGUCCUCGUCUUCACUCAGUCCAUCCCCAACCUGAAUUUCCUCGCCAGCCUUUUCACAGAGCAAAAACGAAGCUUUAGCCGACUGGACGGCUCGACGCCGAUUUCAAAACGCCAAGAUCAAAUAAAGAAAUUCAACUCGACCGAGACGGAGCUUUACCUCAUCUCGACCAAAGCUGGUGGGGUUGGUCUAAACAUCCAAGGCGCGAACCGGGUGGUUAUCUACGACUUUGGAUGGAACCCGGUGAAUGAGCAACAAGCUAUAGGGCGGGCAUAUCGCAUCGGCCAAACCAAACCUGUCACUGUCUACCACUUGGUCACUGCCGGCACAUUCGAGCAAGAUCUCCACAACAGAGCCGUGUUCAAGCAGCAGCUGGCUUCUCGUGUAGUGGACAAGAAAAACCCCAUCAGCUGGGGUAACAGACUGGCAGACUUGAAGCACGACAUCCGCUCGGUAGCGCAGGAGGACUUGACUCAGCAUUUGGGCAAGGACUACAUCCUCGAUGACAUAAUAUCCUACGGGGGCGGUAGUCGCAAGCUCUGCCAAAUAAUACCGACCGACACGUUUGAAGAAGAGGAUGACAAAGCACCUCUGUCGGUUGAAGAGCAGAAGGAGGCAGAAGACAUGAUCAGGUGGAACCUUUUGCGUGCAGCUGACCCGGCCGAGUACAGGAAGCAGAAGGAACUGGCAGAACGACGGUUGCAGCCGCCCUCGCAUCCAGCCCAUGACUCCACUCAUAGUCUUAAUGCGCCGGGCUUGGUAGUAACUGUACGGGUACCUCGCAGCAUGGAUGGAGCUUUUGAUUCUUCCACUUUACCGACGACACAAACACAGCCGGGCCCGCCGCAAGCAAGUUUGUCUCCAGCCGCAGCAGACUCGACAAGUUCAGGACUGAACCUGCGAUCAGACGCAUCCAUUCCAAGAUGGAGCAGUACUCCGUCAUCAGCUGCGCUCCUGCCUACGCUCGGAGCGUUUACUUUCUUCGGUAAGGACGAACGGAAGCCGGCUGAAGUAUUGCGGUCGGAUGGAAAGACGGACCUCACUCCUGUGACGGACACGAUGGGGUUGCCGAGGAAAGCCAAUCCCUUCUCAUCGGGGAACAAGAAUCAAGGAAAGACGGAAUUCAGAGAGAAACUGCGGAACAAGUUGAGCAGCAUGCCCAGGGCAAGGUUUCCUAGUCUCUCGGAGGCACCGGCAGAAAAGGUUGCGGACCAAAUCGUCGACUCAAUAGAUGUUACACUCAAAAUCCUGCAGCGGGGGUUUCUGCCAGACAUACAACAUUGGCGAGCCCUGUGCGGUUUUGCCGAACACGACAGAUUCAUCACCGCCGUCCUGUCUGGGGUGCUGACAGCGUCAUAUCUGGCGAGGACGGACGUGAAGGAACUUGAAAGGAAGAUGGCCGUAUUGAAUGAUGUUUCACAGGCGGAAUUUGAGGCGAAGACAAACAACAAAGUGAAGGAGAUGAAUGGCGGCCCUAGGUGUUACUGA